AUGGACCCCAAAUGUAACUGCGAGAAUGGUGGCUCUUGCACCUGUGCAGGCUCCUACAAAUGCAAAUUAUGCCAGUGUGCCUCCAGCAAGAAGAGCUGCUGCUCCUGCUGCCCAGGAGAAUGUACCAAGUGGGCCCAGAGCUGUGUCUGCAAAGACCCCCUGACCCAGAGUUGCAGCUGCUGCCAAUAA